AUGUCAGGAAAACCUGCCGAAGUGGCGGCCAAGGAACGCAACGAGUACAUUCCAUCUUUCAUUGCAAAGAAGCCGUUUUAUGUCGACGAUGAGGCUGGAAAUGACUAUUUGGAGCAUCAACGUCUGCAAAAGACAACCCCCGACCAGUCAAAAUGGUACGAUCGAGGAAAGCGCGCCGGUCCCGCUGCGACAAAAUACCGGAAAGGCGCAUGCGAAAACUGCGGCGCAAUGACACAUAAGACCAAAGAAUGUCUUAGCCGACCGCGAAAGCAAGGUGCUCGCUGGACGGGCAAAGAUAUUCAGGCAGAUGAGGUCGUCCAAGAGGUCAACAUGGGCUGGGACGCGAAGAGAGAUCGAUGGAACGGAUACGACGCCAGCGAGUACCAAAAUGUUGUGAAGGAGUACGAAGAGAUGGAGGCUAUCAAGAAGGCAGCAAAAGAGGGUGCCGAUCUCAAAAAACUUAUGGAGGAUGACGGAGACGAUGCCGACGAGGAUAUUCGCUACACCGAGGAAUCUGACAUGGGUCGGCAACAAAGCACAUCUACGCGCAACCUGCGUAUUCGAGAAGACACCGCGAAAUACCUCCUGAACCUCGAUCUGGAUUCCGCCAAGUACGACCCGAAGACUCGCCGGAUGGUAGAUAUGGGUGCGCAAGAAGAUCAAGCCUCGGCGCUGGUUGCGGAGGAGAAUUUCAUUCGUGCUUCCGGAGAUGCUGCCGAGUUUGAGAAAGCUCAGAAAUACGCGUGGGAAUCGCAAGAGAAGGGCACGGCCCCGAUUCACCUUCAAGCCAACCCAACAUCCGGAGAGGUCCUCCGAAAGAAGGAGAAAGAGGAAUCGGAGAGCAAACGCCAGGCCUUGCGCAAGGCACUUCUAGAGAAAUACGGAGGCAGCGAGCAUCUCCAACACACCCCGUUACGUGACACCAUGGUGGUCGAGAAUGAGCGGUUUGUGGAGUACGAUGAAUCAGGUGCCAUCAAAGGCGCUCCGAAGAAAGCUACCAAGUCGAAAUACCCAGAGGAUGUCAAGAUCAACAAUCACACCUCUGUUUUUGGCAGUUGGUGGUACGAAUUCAAGUGGGGUUAUUCAUGCUGUUACUCUACGGUCAAGAACAGUUAUUGCACAGGUGAAGACGGGAAGAAGGCCUUUGAGGCGGAGGGCAACAUGCUCAUGCUACCUGACGAUGACGGUGAUGAGAAUGAGUCUGCCGAGGGUCCGAAUCACGCUCGCGAGCCUGAGCCUGCCAGUGACCGUCGAAAGGAUGAUAAGACAGCAAAUGUGAAGAAGCGGACAUUGGAAGAGAUGAAAAAUGGUAUUACAGAGGAGGAAAUGGAGUCUUACAAGCGUAGCCGACUGGCCGCACAGGAUCCGAUGGCGAACUACGUCGAUAAUGAGUGA